GUAGAUCUCUUUAAGUUCCAGUAUUUUGAAUCUACCGGUAUAAGUCUUACUACCGGUAUUAUGCCAAUGCAUGUUACAUCACAACAUACACAAGUUAAGGCCAUGGCAGAUAGAGAGAGAAAAACAAGUAACCAAGAAAGGCAAGGUCCAUGACUCUACAGAAGAAUCAACCAAUUUUACAGUAAUUGGUACCAACACAGACCACACAAAAUGGUGGAAGAGCGCAACAUGGGGCUCGAAGUUGAAAGAAUUGUCCUCGAUGAAGUCUGAACAAUGCAAGAUCGUAGGCCCCUUGCGCAUGUGUACUGACAAAGAGUUCUGUCUCAGAACUGAUAAGAGGGAGGGAAUUAAUACAUAUCUGGGCAUCAUGGAUGGUAAAGGAGCAGUGGCAGUAAAGCAGUUUGACAGGACAAAUGCUGACAGUGUCAGGAAAUGUAAACAGGAACUUUCUAUUCUAGCCAUUCAAGGCAACAGAGAACACAUUAUCAGGCACUACCAUUAUGCUCGGGAAAAGAUGUACAGGUAUCUGGCCUUGGAACUUCCAGAGCACACACUACAGGAGUAUGUGCAACUUCUGAAAGAGCAAAAUGAGCUCCAUAGUAAGGCACGUCUGAUAAUUCAUCAGAUAGUUGAGGGACUACAGUCAUUGCAUGAAGGGCCAAGACCCAUCUUACACAGGGAUCUCUGCCCUGCAAAUGUUGUGCUUAAUGCAAAACUAUGUGUGAAGCUGACAGGCUUUGGCAACAGUAACAUUCUGCAGAAGGAAGUGCCUAUCCAGGACUACAAUGAAGGUACACCUUGUUGGAAGGCCAAAGAAUCCCUUUGUUAUUCUACAUGUUCAAAGGAGUCAGACAUCCAGGCUACAGGCAUGCUGGUCUACUUUGUUCUGAGUGGUGGACUGCAUCCAUAUGGUGAACUGGACCAGCCCCAUAUUGUGGAGGAGAACAUCAAGAUGGGUCAACCCACUGGCCUACCUCUAAUUGAUGAUCAAGAAGCGAGAGACAUGAUAGAAUGGAUGCUAGAAGAUAACUCUGCUUAUAGGCCUGAUGUCAAUCAGAUACUUAACCAUCCCUUCCUCGAACAAUGGAAUAAUGGAAAAAGGAUGGAGUUCCUUGAGAGGGUAGGAAAUCAACCUGAAGUGGCUAGUGGGAAAGACAACUCUAGUACCUUGUGGGCAAUCAAUAACAAAUGUAACAAGACCUGUACAUGUGUUGGGGACUGGAAAAACAAAGUUGACGAAAAGCUACUGACUGAAAGUACACGGCCCUAUAACCAGUCAGUAGGAGAUCUGUUACGUUUGAUACGGAAUGUUCGGCAACACUACCAGGAACUGUCAGAGGAACUGCAAGAGCUAGUGGAUGACAAAUACUUCCUCCGACUCUUUCCUUCUCUUGUGGUGCAUAUCUACAAGAUUCUCAGGAAAAGAGCACUAGCGGAUGGCAGCUGGGCCAAAAGGAAAAGUCUGCAAAGAUACUUCAUUCCAAAGUCUUAGCUUUAAGAAGCCUUCCUAAUAGUAUAUACAAUAGUAUUCACACAGUACAAUGUACUUAGUCUAUUGAUGUGCCUUAAGUCAUUCCAAAGUCUUAGCUUUAAGAAGCCUUCCUAUGUACAAUAGUAUUCACACACUACAAUGUACUUAGUCUAUUAAUGUGCCUUAAGUUUCGCAAAGAUACUUCAUUCCAAAGUCUUAGCUUUAAGAAGCCUUCCUAUAUACAAUAGUAUUCACACACUACAAUGUACUUAGUCUAUUAAAAUAAAUGUGCCUUAAGUUUCCAUUUAAAGAAGAUUUCUGAUACUUUAUUGUAUUUUUAUCCCAAACUGUAAAGGGUGUGAAACACCUUGGGAGCAACUAGUGUUGACAAGUAUUAAGGAUUGUAUAUCAUGCACACUGUAUGAUGUUGAAAGAUGCCAUAUAUUUUCAAAAGAUGGGAAAAACAAGUUUUUGAACAUGCUA